AUGUAUGAACGGCACAAGAGGCGCUAUAGCCUGUGUGACAUCUCCAAGGUGGACAGGACUGUGGAUGUGGUGUUGCUGAAGAUAAACCAAGAAAGCUGGUGUACAAUCGAACCGUGCUCAAAACCGACGUCUCUUUUGGCUUCCAAGCAGAAUCCAGAAUGUGAGAGCUUCCUGGAUGCUGGCCUGGACGGAGAGUGUUCCUCCUCACAAGGGGGCCUUAACAGAGAAUCUGGGAGUGACCCUGACCUCUUUCACUCAACCAGCGAUGAAAUGAGCAGCAGCAUCUUCUCAAAGCCCGAGGAAGAGCAAUCAGUCUGUGACAUCACUGGGUCCAGCUCUUCCACCGAUGACACGGCAUCCCUGGAUCGACAUUCUUCACACGGCAGUGAUGUGUCCCUCCCCCAAACUUCAAAUCGGAGCAAGUCCAAGGACCCGCAAAGCCUGGACGCUUUUGAGAGCCAUGAAUUGAGAGGUGUGAGGCAGGAGACUGAGAGGGAGCCUGCCUGCUCUGGGGACAUGGAAGAGGAAGAGAUGGAUAGCAUCACUGAGGUGCCUGCAAACUGCUCCCUUCUGAGGGGCUCCCUGCGUUCUCUGUCCCCUUUCCGGAGGCACAGCUGGGGUCCUGGGAAGAAUGCAGCCAGUGAUGCAGAGAUGAACCACCGCAGUUUCAGUCUAGAAGGCCUGACUGGAGGAACUGUUGGCAGAAACAAGGUGUCCUCAUCGCUAGAAGGAAACUCUACAAACACCAAAGCCUUUGGUGGUCAGGAGCGGGGUGAUUCUUUGGUGUCUCUUUCAGAAGAGGACCUGGAGUCAGGCCAGAGAGAACAUAGGAUGUUUGACCAGCAGACGAGUCACAGAUCCAAACAACAGGGAUUUAAUUACUGUACAUCAGCCAUUUCUUCUCCAUUGACAAAAUCCAUCUCAUUAAUGACCAUUAGCCAUCCCGGAUUGGACAAUACACGACUCUUCCACAACACAAGUGCUAAUCUGACUGAAAGUAUAACCGAAGAAAACUACCGUUUCCUACCACAAAGCCCUUCCAAGAAAGAUUUUGAAGGAAAGAGUGGCACAAAAGUCAGCCGUACGUUCAGCUACAUCAGGAAUAAAAUGUCCAGUAGUAAGAAGAGCAAAGAAAAGGAAAAAGAGAAAGAGAAAAUUAAGGAGAAGGAGAAGGAUUCUAAAGAAAAGGAGAAGGACAAGAAGACUCUCAAUGGACACACCUUCAGCUCCAUUCCUGUUGUGGGUCCCAUCAGCUGUAGCCAGUGUGUGAAGCCCUUCACCAACAAAGAUGCCUACACCUGCGCAAAUUGCGGUGCCUUCGUCCACAAAGGGUGUAGAGAAAGUCUGGCAUCCUGUGCAAAGGUCAAAAUGAAGCCGAAAGGGAGCCUUCAAGCCCACGACACGUCAUCGCUCCCCACAGUCAUUAUGAGAAACAAAUCUUCACAGCCCAAGGAACGCCCUCGGUCAGCGGUCCUCCUGGCUGACGAAACCACUGCUGCUCCAAUGUUUACCAACAGGCGGUCACAGCAGAGCGUCGCGCUUUCCAAAAGUGUCUCCAUACAGAAUAUCGCUGGAGUUGGCAGUGAGGAGAGCAUGUCAAGCACCUGGAAAUUCCUGUCACAUUCCACGGACUCACUAAAUAAAAUCAGCAAGGUCAACGAGUCAACAGAAUCCCUGACUGAUGAGGGAGUAGGUACAGACAUGAAUGAAGGCCAACUGUUGGGAGACUUUGAGACCGACUCCAAACAGCUAGAAGCAGAGUCCUGGAGUCGAAUCGUGGAUAGCAAGUUCCUGAAACAACAAAAGAAAGAUGUCAUCAAGCGGCAGGAGGUGAUUUAUGAGCUGAUGCAGACAGAGCUACACCACGUGCGCACGCUCAAGGUCAUGAGCGACGUGUACCGCCGGGGCAUGCUGACGGAUUUGCUGUUCGAGCAGCAGAUGGUGGAAAAGCUGUUCCCCUGUUUGGAUGAGCUCAUCAGUAUCCAUAGCCAGUUCUUCCAGAGGAUUCUGGAACGGAAGAAGGAGUCUCUGGUGGAUAGAAGCGAAAAGAACUUUCUCAUCAGGAGAAUGGGCGAUGUGCUUGUGAAUCAGUUUUCAGGUGAGAAUGCGGAACGCUUAAAGAAGACAUAUGGCAAGUUUUGUGGGCAGCACAACCAGUCAGUGAACUACUUCAAGGAUCUGUGUACCAAGGAUAAGCGCUUCCAAGCCUUUGUAAAGAAGAAGAUGAGCAGCUCCGUAGUCAGAAGACUUGGAAUCCCAGAGUGCAUAUUGCUUGUAACCCAGCGCAUCACUAAGUACCCAGUUUUAUUCCAAAGAAUAUUGCAAUAUACCAAAGACAAUGAAGCGGAGCAGGAAGAUGUGGCUCAGUCCCUGAGCCUGGUGAAGGAUGUGAUUGGAGCAGUAGACAGCAAAGUGGCAAGUUACGAGAAGAAAGUGCGUCUCAAUGAGAUUUACAUGAAGACAGACAGCAAGUCGAUCAUGAGGAUGAAGAGUGGUCAGAUGUUCGCCAAGGAAGAUUUGAAACGGAAGAAGCUUGUGCGGGAUGGGAGCGUGUUGCUAAAGAACGUAGCGGGAAGGUUGAAAGAGGUUCAAGCAGUUCUGCUCACUGACAUUUUAGUUUUCCUUCAAGAAAAGGACCAGAAAUACGUCUUUGCAUCAUUGGACCAGAAGUCAACAGUGAUCUCUUUAAAGAAGCUGAUAGUCAGAGAAGUGGCACAUGAGGAGAAAGGUUUAUUCCUGAUCAGUAUGGGGAUGAAAGAUCCCGAGAUGGUGGAAGUCCACGCCAGCUCCAAGGAGGAGCGUAACAGCUGGAUUCACAUCAUCCAGGACACGAUAAACACCCUGAACAGAGAUGAAGAUGAAGGAAUCCCUAGUGAGAAUGAGGAAGAAAAGAAAAUGUUGGACACCAAAGCUCGGGAGUUCAAAGAACAACUUCAACAGAAGGACCAACAGAUCCUACAGUUACUGGAAGAGAAGGAGACGAUUUUCCGGGACAUGACAGAGUGCAGCACCCCAUUGCCAGAGGAUUGCUCCCCAACUCACAGCUCUAGAAUCCUCUUCCGGUCCAACACAGAAGAGGCUCUCAAAGGCGGAUCGUUAAUGAGAAGCGCCAUAAAUGAGGUGGAGAUCCUCCAGGGUUUGGUGAGCGGAAGCCUGGGGGGCACAUUGGGGCCGGCCGUCAGCAGCCCUGUGGAACAAGAGGGCACAGUGGGCCCCGUUUCCCUGCCCCGGAGAGCGGAGACCUUCGGAGGGUUUGACAGCCAUCAGAUGAAUGCUUCAAAAGGUGGUGAGGAGGAAGAGGGAGACGAUGGCCAGGAUCUUAGGAGAGCGGAAUCGGACAGCGGUCUCAAGAAGGGUGGUAAUGCUAAUCUGGGCUUUUUGCUUAAAAGAAACAGUGAGGUCAUCCAGAGCAUAGUCCACCUACACGAGCUUCUUAGCACCUUGCAGGGCGUGGUGUUGCAGCAAGACAGCUACAUUGAGGACCAGAAGCUGACACUGACCGAGAGGGCGCUGGCACGGAGCUCCUCCCGCCCCAAUUCCCUCAUCGAGCAGGAGAAGCAGCGCAGCCUGGAGAAGCACCGACAGGAUCUGGCCAACCUGCAGCGACAGCAGGUCCAGCACCUGGAGGAGCGGCGGCGGCGGGAGCGCGAGUGGGAGGCCCGUGAGAAGGAGCUGCAGCAGCGGGAGGUCCUGCUGAUGCAAUGGGAGGAGAGGGUGCAGCGGGGGCAGCAGGACUUAGACCGGGACCGUGAGGAGCUGCAGCAGAAGAAGAGCACGUACCAGUGUGACCUGGAGCGGCUGCGCGCUGCCCAGAAGCAGCUGGAGCGAGAGCAGGAGCGACUCAGCCAGAGGCAAAUGGGACAGGACCUAUGUCAGGCCUCUCCGCACACCAAGGUGAUGAGAAUUCCGUCCUUCUAUGCCAAUCCUGAGGAACCCCCGCUACCUUCUGCACCUUCAAUAGCCAAGUCAGGGUCACUGGACUCGGAACUUUCCGUGUCCCCCAAAAGGAACAGCCUCUCUCGGACACAGAAAGAUAAAGGCCCUUUUCACAUACUGAGUUCAGCCAACCAGACAAGCAAAGCACCAGAGGGGCAGAGCCUGCCCCCAGCCUCCACCUCCGCCCGCCUGUUCGGAUUAGCUAAACCAAAGGAAAAGAAGGAGAAGAAGAAGAAAAGCAAAGGAAGCCGCUCUCAGCCUGGUGAUGGGCCUGUGUCUGAAGUAGCAGCAGAGAAUGAAGAGAUCUUCUGCUGA